UGAACAUGUUAUUAUUUUUUGCCUUAAUUAAGCCAAAGAAGUUGGUGUUCAGUAAUUUUGGGACGCUAAGGAAGAAGAAACAGGAGGAGUGCGAGGAAUACGUGUGCCCGAUGGAGUUAGGCCAAUCCUCGGCAAACAGCAUCAUUAAACCGUUCCGAACCGGGCUCGACCUCAGGGUUUUAGACGAUGAAGAUUUGGACAGACUGGAACAGAUGGAAGAUUCUGAAGGAACAGUCCGGCAGAUUGGAGCGUUUUCUGAAGGGAUUAACAACCUGACACACAUGCUAAAAGAAGACGACAUGUUUAAGGAUUAUUCUGCGCGCUCGCCUUGUGCCAGUAUUACAGAUGACGAUUCCAAUGUGUGACGGUCUAUUUACUGUGUCUAAAACUAUACAUAUAUAUAUUAUUAUUUUCUUUUUUUUACCUACCACACUGUUUCUAUGGCGAAUGGUUGCCGUGGUUUGGUGGAAACGGACGGAGAGAGAAGAAUGUGCCUUUUGAAUUUUUCUUACAUGGCAAUUUAAAAAGAAACCUCAAUAAUUGGUAGUUUUUAUUUAAUGUAUAAAAAUAUAUUUUAAAGUAUUGCAUUGUUUCUUCUGUAUUAUGUUAAGGACUCACACUGUUAUAAGCAAAAAUCUGUGUCAUGUUCUUCAGUGAGCUAUGUCCAACGCAGUAUUUAUCCAAUCACACGCCGCGCGUUAUCGUUCUGGGAGUGUUUUUUCAUUCACAGUUUUAAAGCGAUUGAAUGCAGAUUCGCAGCUGAAUUAUUCCUAUUGACAUAUUCUGAGCAAGGGACUUCCUGCCGUUAAUUUACUCCCUUCCAGGUUAAAUGCUCUGUGUUUUAGCCAUAAUCCCAUUGCAUGUUUAUGUGCAACUGGUCAUGUUAAAGCAAGCACAGUAUGUGAAUGAAUUUCCUUAACCCUCUCUGUAACCAGUUACCAUGGUAAUAAAGUGCUGAGGAAUUAAGUCACAAUGGGCCAAGUUAUGAUGUCACGGGAAGUAGGUACCCUGUCCUCAGCUUAACGCAAGGGCUAACUGCUAAUUACAAUGACUUCAGAUCUACCCACACUGCCAAUGUCAGUCGAACUCUGAGGGCGAAUUAUGAGACAUCACGUGAGUUUGUGUCUAACUUGCAAACUAACGUGUAUAGCCUUCAGGCCUGUAUAGGAUUCAAUUAUUCUGGCCCUUAUUCCAAAAAAAGUAUUACCGAUAAUGUUGCCUUUGUAAGCCAUGUUGUUCUUCAUCAAAUGAUAACGCGAAGUCCCCAUUUUUUUUAACUGGGUUCUUCAAAAAAAU